AGACCACGAAAAUACAAUAAAUACUGUUUGUCCACCCUCAACAGAAGGCGUCACCGAAAACCCGCAACGACUUAAAAUUGGCGAGACUAGCCCCCAAGUGUCGUUUGAUCCGGACAAAGGCGAUAUAGGUGCAGGCGAGGAGUGACCAACGGCCGAAAGUGGACCAGCAGCGGUGGCGGCACACAUUGUAAUUGGGGUAAUUGCGCCUGGCGGACGGGGCGUAAAAAUAGACACUCGGCAGACACCAUAGAGCAGGAAAAGUCUCGACCUACUCCGCCAUCACCUCUGCCUCCACCCCAUCCCCACGCAGCUCUGUGCUGAAUGUCCUACUGGCGCUGCUUGUGGGUAGCCGUAAAGAUGAUUUACCAGCUGCUGUGCUGCUCGGUGAGCCUGCUCCUCUUCUGCUUCAACCUGCUCUGGCUGCUCUGCAACCUGGCCAUCCCGUGGUGCACUCUGACCCUGCUCCUCGUCUGCAUCGCCUCCAAGUUCGUGAAGCUGCAACGGAGUCCCAACGAGAAGAGACUCCUCAGCCUGCUCAGUUCGCCGGAGGAUAGGCCGAACUACUGGCCAAUCGCCAACCGGGCGGCCGGCUACGACGCGCCAGAGAACUCGAAGGCGGCUAUCAAAAAGUGCCUCACACGUGGGUAUCGGAACGUGCUGCUCGAUGCCUGCCUCACAUCGUGCGGGGAAAUCGUGGUGGCCAACCCCAAGCGGGUGAAUGCGGCCCAGCAGCCGCUGGCGGAGCUGCAAAAGUUGAAUAUCACCGAGCACCAUCCGAUGGGGUCCCAGUACGAGGCGGAGUCGGUGGCCACGCUGGGGCAGCUCAACGAAUUCUUGGAGGAGGAGGCUGCACAAGUUACGGUCUUUUUGCGUCUACACGACAACAGUGCCCGGACUGUUGAUCAGCUGCACAAGUUCAUGGUCGCCAAUGAGAACUUCACGCUGCGCACCAUAGUCAUAAGUCGUUCCCCGCUGGCCAUCUACCAGCUGCGCAAGUUGCAUCCGGAAAUUAUCUGUGGCUUGUGGCAUGAAACCUAUCUAUCCUUAGCCAUCCUAAAAUCCUCCACUCUGAUUACCUCAAUUUACGGCGCAAUCUUUCGCAACAUAAUCGCCCCCGUGAUCGGAAUCAGUGUCGUCUUUCUCAGCAAAGACGAGUUUAACCUACACAUUGGCGAUUUGUGGCGCAACGUCGGCGUUCGUCCAAUCGUCUAUAUGGUGAACUCUCCCAACGAGAAGCGAUACUUCCAGAGAACCAUGAAGAUCCAGUAUCUUACGGACUCGCUGCGUUCGGAACCGCACCUGCUGAUGAAUGCCUAGAACGGGGCUCAUGGGGAAGCACAACGAACGAAAAUACACAAAAGGCGCCCAAUCGCACAAACUGUUUGCAUUUAGCCAGCAGCGCUUAGCCCAUAAGAACAAUUCGUUUCUACCUACCGUUUUAUGUGUGUAGGCCUGCGUUUUUGUAGAAGCUUUAGAAAGUAUUACCCGACAGAACCAGUACCAGUGAGAUUUAAUGCUAUGAUUUGCGUAUAUUUAUCUGAUUUUAUGUAUUAUUUAUGUAUUUUGAAUGCUCUGUGUUUAGUUUAUUUUUACGUUCCUUUUUUUUUGUUAUUUUUAUAUCUGAUAAUGCUUUAUUUGAUAUUAGUGUUCUCGAUAUUGGUAUAGACUUAUAUAUACGAUAUUUCUAGGAGUGCCGUAUGUGGCACCUGCCUUUUUGGACGUGCUAUAUACAUUUUUAUGUAUACUCUACACAACCGCGCCGCUUUUAUAUAAUUCCCAAUGUUAUUAGCCGAUCGGAGUCACAAUUACUUGUCCAAGACCAGUCCCAACCCCAAAUACUAUUAGGUCUUUUGUCUAUUCUACUUGUGUUUUAACAAUCUGGAAGCGCUAUACCAAAAAAAAAAUAUACUCUGAUAAAGAUGAUCCGAACGAUACGAAUGAAAUAAAGAUACCUACGAAGAUA